CCAAAAAACGACGGAACCAAACUGCUUCGACCACAUUCUCGGUACCGUAAAACCUCCUCCGACAUCUCUCUCUCUCUGCGUGCUCGUGCUUCUUUCGUCCAGCAAAGACGAGAGAAUUUUGCAGAAAAAAUGCAGAUUUUGGGCGCGACGAACGACGUGUUGAUGAGCAUUCCGUCAGCGUCCGGUGGAAGCCUCAAGUCCUCUUCCGAAUUCAGCCAUAUCCAUCCUUUGUCGGGUUCUAAGUUCUUCCUCUCUAACGGGUUCGUCAAGAGAUGCCGCUCUUUUGCUAUCCAGACAUUAGGAGGUGGGCGGGGAAGGUGUCGAGCAAGAGGCUCAAUGAUUAGAGCCUCCGGGGAUUCAAGUGACAACCCAGUCCCGGUUGCUCCUCUAACAUUUGAGUCCCCGAUCGGACAGCUUUUGGCACAGAUACUCCAAAACCAUCCACAUUUGCUUUUAGCAGCUGCUGACCAGCAGCUUGAGAACCUUCAAAGUGAAAGAGAUGCUGAAAAAGAAAAGAAUCCUGCAUCAGCAGAUCUACUCUACCAGAGAAUUGCUGAGGUCAAGGAGAAGGAGAGGCAUAAAACACUGGAAGAGAUAAUAUACUGCUUGAUUGUGCAGAGAUUUGUGGAAAAUAACAUCUCAAUGAUUCCAAAGAUUACAGCAACAUCAGAUCCCACAGGUCGUGUGGAUUACUGGCCUAACCAAGAAGAGAAGCUCGAGUCUGUCCAUUCUCCCGAAGCUUUUGAAAUGAUACAGAGCCACUUAUCCCUCGUGGUCGGAGACCGAGUGGUGGGACCCCUGGAUAGCAUUAUACAGAGUAGCAAAAUCAAACUUGGAAAACUGUAUGCCGCUUCUAUAAUGUACGGGUAUUUCCUUAGAAGAGUGGACGAGCGAUUUCAACUUGAAAGGACCAUGAACACUCUUCCUAAGGGAUAUACUGAGAAUCGGGUGAGGUUGGAGGAUUCCAUACCGACAAGCCCAUUUUGGGAUCCAGAUUCUUUGAUCAGAAUUCCACCUGACGAUGGUGACGGAGGCAGUUUCUUGGAUUCUGAAGCAGGCAAAUUAUAUAGACUCCGAUCUUAUGUGAUGUACUUGGAUCCGGAAACUCUUCAGCGAUAUGCGACCAUAAGAUCCAAGGAGGCUAUUUCCUUAAUAGAGAAGCAGACACAAGCAUUGUUCGGAAGGCCAGAUAUAAGGGUCGCUGAGGAUGGUUCCAUCGACACGUCGAGCGACGAAGUCAUCUCCCUUUCGGUGUCUGGGUUGACGAUGCUGAUAUUGGAGGCAGUAGCGUUCGGAUCGUUCCUGUGGGACGCAGAAAACUUCGUUGAGUCCAAGUACCAAUUUGUGAAAAGCUAGAGACAAAAUUUUGUUUGGAAGAGUGGAUGUUCUUCUGAGCUGUACAAAAGGGCUAAUCCUCACUUGUUUCUCCUAGUGGCUGAAGAUGGUAGUGUCUCUCUUUAGGUUGUUCAUAGUGCAUUAGAUCAUCAAACACUCUGCUCAUAUUCGUUUACAGAUCUGGCUAUGUGAUUUUGAACACUGGAUCCAUUACACCCUAAAGCAAGAUGACACUGCAGAUUGUCGCAGGCCGUGUUGAUCGAC